AAUUGUAGCAUUGAUGUAGACACCUUAGCUACUGUCUCCUCUCUCUCCCGCCCCUCGCUUCCCUUCUCCCUCCUCCUGUCUCGGACUUUUUUUUAAUCUCUUUCUAUUAAAUCCCUUCCUUCCACAUCAAAAGCCUCGCUCUUCCAAAUCCCCGUUUCUUGUUCUUGUUCUUGUUCUUGUUGUUUUCUGUUUAUUUUAUUUGUUUUCUUCUUGUUGGAUCAUGGAGCUUCAACUGGGUCUCGCUCUUCCCACCCAUACUAUCAGGGGCUUGGACCUAAAUACCUAUACUUUCGAGCCUAGCAAAGAUGCGGGUGGCUCGAGCCAACUGAUGAUCAAUCAGGCUAGCCUUCAACUCGGUGGUCCAUGGCAAAGAGCAUGUUCUGACGAUGAUGAUAAUGAUGAUGAUGAUUUUAGUAGCAACCAGCAGCAAAAACGUAGUUUUAGUGAUGCUUUCGAGGAGAUCACAGACGUGCCUCGAACGUUGCCUCUUUUGCUUUGGAAUAAACAGCCUAACGAUGAUGAUGACGACGACGACCUUAAAGAUCAUCAGAAGAGCUUCCACUUUGCCUUUAACAACGUUGAUGGAGAUAGUGAUGGAAUCGUGGGGUGGCCACCGAUUAAGUUCCGGAGGAAGAAGAUUAGCCCCCGGAGUAAAAGAAAUGGAGACCAGAACAAUCAGUCGGUGGAUAAUGGGUGUCCAGAUUGUCAUGGCAAGCCGUCAAAUUCCAUGUACGUUAAGGUGAAGGUGGAAGGAGACGCCAUAGGAAGGAAAAUAGACCUAAGCCUCUAUGAUUCUUUUCAAGACCUUAAACAAACCUUGCUUGGCAUGUUUGGAAUCUCUCAAGAGAAUUCCACCAGCUAUAAACUGACAUUUCAAGACAGGGAUGGUGACUGGCUGCUUGCUGAUGAUGUAUCGUGGAGAAGCUUCAUUUGGUCAGUCCAACGCCUGAAAUUGAUGAGGAGCAGGUGUGGAAGUGAGCAGGAUUGAUGAAAUGGGACUGGUAGCAACUUUAAUUAAUAGGACCCCAGAUAGGAAGGGUCCCCGGCUAUUGCUUGCUACUUUGAAUUUUGAUUAAUGCCUGUGUGUAAUAUGUAGUCAAUGGAUAAGACGCUAGUUAAACGAAUACCUUCCACGUCUAACAAAAAUUGAUUGAUGUUUUUUUGAA